AUGACGUGUGUGAUAGAGUCUCCCAGUGGCCGCUGGACAUAUCAGUGGUAUAAGGGGUCCAGCAGAGUCCCGGUGUUUGAGGGAAACACCUUCACCAUUACAAGUGCUGCUGAGUCUGAUGAGGGCCAGUACUGGUGUCAGGGGGAGAGGAGACAAAGACCCACAACAUCACAAAACAGCAGCAGUAUGUACAUUGAAGUAAAAGGGUCCUCUAUCUCCAUGGUGGCAGUUGGUGUGCCGGUAGGCUUGGUCAUGGCCUCAGCUUUAGUCAUUUUACUGGUCCUGCUUUAUCGCAAGCGGAAAUCUAAAGGUGCUACAACACCAAACCUUGGCCAACAGAGCAAUGGGGACAAUGGACAACAAGUGACAGCAUCAGGUGGCGCCGUGGCUGGAGCCAGUGAUGCGGUCUAUGCUGACAUCAAGCCCAAAGAAAAAGGUGACAAGAAGAAAAAGGAGAAAGCCCAGACCAGUGCAGCCCAGUCAGACACCCUGUAUUCUACCUUAAAGCCUUCGAAGACUGCAGAUAACAGUUCUGCUGGUCCCAGUGAUGUCACCUACGCUGAUGUGCACAUCAAGAUGAAGCCUCAGAAGAGUACAGGAUUCCCACGGGAUGGGAGUCAAAAUAAAGAUGCACGGGAGUGGGCAGGAGCGGGAAUGACGAUGAAUGGGAGAGGGCAGGAGCGGGUAUAA